CAAAAGUUACAGAGGAAAUUGGAUUAAGGUUAAGGUUGAGCUGUUUUUCCAUUUGUUAGUCAGUUAGUCAUUUUCUCCUGAGAUUCUGGAUCACAGUGCACACUUCCUCUGAUAAUCAUUCCUGCAUGAAGCCAUGUUCGGUGUUGCUGUGGAGACUAGUGUCACAAGCUAAAAGAGUGAUUUUAUGUUUUGCUGUCUCUGUGUUUUCAGGAGUGAGGUUAGGAUUUUACUUUAAAUUUAUUUGCACAGCACUUUCCACAAUAGCCAACAUAUUCUUCCAAAACAGCUUCACAAACAAUAGAAGCUUAUAAAUGUCACAAUGAGCAGCUAAAAUUGGUAGCGGAAGGAAAAAACUCCCUUAGAUGUUUAAGCAGUAAGGUCGAAUCCAUUUGGGAUAUCACCUUUCCUUAGUUAUCAGCUUUAUUCUGCAGUAAGGGCCAGAAAUGAACAACAAGAAAUCUACGGCUUUGGGUCUGCUCCUUUAAUUCAGUCAGGUGUAGAAUCACUCGGCUUUAACGCUGGUCAAGUGUAUUCUCUAGAGAAGUGCGUGCACAAUCAUUGCUCUGAAAGUAGGGUCUGCUAUGUGAAAUGUCGCUCAGAUGCUUUUAAAAGGGCACGCUCUAAUUUUAAAAGAAGCAUGGUUAAAAAAAAGGCAGGAAAUGGCACAAACUAGCUGGCAUUAAAACGUGUGGUUCUAUUAGUAGUAGUUUUGGGGGCGUUUCAAUACCCUUUGGAAACCUGCUGUACAAGUUACUCUAUAAUUAUGUUUAAUAAAUGAGAGUAAUGAAUAAAAAUGAGUUGUAGUUCCCACAAAAAAAACAAAAAAAAAAAGCUCUUGAAAUGUUCUCACCCUCAGGCCAUCGAAGAGACUUGUUUUUGCAUUACAUGUCUUGAUCCUCUGCAGUGGAUGGGUGCCGUCAGAAUGAGUCCAAACAUCACAAUAAUCCACAAGUAACCCACACGACUCCAGUCCAUCACAGUGAAAACAUGUUUUUUUCUGACAGGAAUAACAGCAUUUCUUUGAAAAAUCAACCAUCUUCUGAGAAUGAACUGGACACUCAACUGGGGCAAAAUUCAUUGCAGAAAUCAGAUGUUCAGAAUUCAUUGCAGAAAUCUGAUGUUCAGAAUUCAUUGCAGAAAUCAGAUUUUCAGAAUUCAUUGCAGAAACCAGAUGUUAUGAAAUCAUUGCAGAAAUCAGAUGUUCAGAAUUCAUUGCAGAAACCAGAUGUUCAGAAUUCAUUGCAGAAAUCAGAUGUUCAGAAUUCAUUGCAGAAAUCAGAUGUUCAGAAUUCAUUGCAGAAAUCAGAUGUUCAGAAUUCAUUGCAGAAAUCAGAUGUUCAGAAUUCAUUGCAGAAACCAGAUGUUCAGAAUUCAUUUCAGAAACCAGAUGUUAUGAAAUCAUUGCAGAAAUCAGAUGUUCAGAAUUCAUUGCAGAAAUCAGAUGUUCAGAAUUCAUUGCAGAAAUCAGAUGUUCAGAAUUCAUUUCAGAAAUCAGAUGUUCAGAAUUCAUUGCAGAAAUCAGAUGUUCAGAAUUCAUUGCAGAAAUCAGAUGUUCAGAAUUCAUUGCAGAAAUCAGAUUUUCAGAAUUCAUUGCAGAAAUCAGUGUCAGGAAAUGAUGCAAAGUCUGAUCAAGCAAAUUCAAUCACAAUCUCCUUAAAACCAGUGCCAAAACCCACUGAGACUGACUUUUUUGGUGACCAGUAUGCCACAGAUGACUUUCCUUCACAAACCAACUGUCCCAACAAUAUUAGGAAGCGUGUGCCUCAGACUCAAUUUGCUAAGAUGUUUCUGCACGAUAUUCCAGUGCUCCAAUGGGCAAAGCAUUUUAGUCCAGAAGAGUACCAGCGGUUGAGUCACUUUAGUGGAGCACACGGCUGGGGAAGUGUCAAAGCUGAAGUUUUGAAUAGCUCACUGGCAAUUUUAAAUAAAACUGCAAAUCGGAUGAUGUUUGAUGACUGGGAUAAUAGAGCAGACCGAUCUGAGUGCAUUCGCUGCGCUGUGGUGGGAAAUGGGGGAAUACUGAAUGGUUCAAGGAAAGGCAAGGAGAUCGAUGACCAUCACUACGUCUUUAGGGUAAAUGGUGCGGCUCUUAAAGGGUUUGAGGAUGAUGUGGGAUCCCGGACUUCCUUCUACACAUUCUCAACCAACACCAUGCGAAACUCCAUAUAUAGCUAUGCUCACAUAGGCUACAGAGGGCCACCUAUAUCCAAAGAAACCAGGUACAUAUUCCUGCCAGACCAUGACCGAGAUUAUAUUCUUAUGAAGGCGGCUUCCACACACACAGCAAUUGAUCAAGGCCCUGAGCGCAGCAAAAAGCCCCCUGCAUACUUUGGUGAAGAUGUGACUGUUGAAAAAUUCAAAAUCUACCACCCAGACUUUAUCCGCUACCUCCGAAACAGGUUCCUGCAUUCAAACCUUCUGAAAACAAACGCGAGAGGAAUUUACAGGCCGUCAACAGGAGCAGUGAUGCUCCUAGCUGCUAUUCAUACAUGUGACCAGGUUGAUGCUUACGGGUUCAUGACCCCUGACUACAGUAUGUAUUCAGACCACUACUACGACAAACAGCGCCAUGAAGUGCAUUUCUAUGCCAAUCAUGACAUGCGAAUGGAAAUGAGGUUGUGGCAAGAGCUGCAUAAUGCCGGACUGAUCAAUCUCUUCAUGCGCCGAUAAGCACAUAUGGAUGGACGCUACACACUUUAUAACGUGUUUUUUAUUGUGAGAAGAACUGAAAAACCUCUGGUAGGUGUGUGAAGGACAAGCCUGUUAUUCCCCCAAUGGUAUUAGACAUAUUUGCCUUCUGAAGGAAAAGUUAAUAAUUGUUGUUCAACAAAAAACUACGUGCAGAGGCUAUGUAGUCAACACUUUAGAUUGAUUGUCUUUUGAGUCAAUUCACGAGAGACAAAUGGCUGACAUGUGUUUUAGGGAGAGGCCUUGUAAACAUCGAUAUAGUGUUCAGGAAUGACUGAAUAACUCUUGUGUUCUCGGCUGCUGUUUGUUCACACAUAUUGAGUAAUUUCACAUCGAGGCUGGGCAGGACGAAUCAUGGUCUUAAUUUGGGCCACGUACAAAGAUUCUGUAAUAAGUGCCUUAAUACUUCUCACACGCUGGACUGUCAUGGCGUGUGAGAAACAGCGAUUCAGAGAACACUACGUGAAAAAUACUCAACCAAAGAGAAUAAUUUAAAUGAUUUUAUUUUUAAUUCUUAAUCCUAUUUUUAACAUUGCGUGCGAGUAUAAAUGUUUCUAGGUGGUCCGUUCAAAAUGUACCUGUUGCCAUGUUGCAUCACGUGGAAAUGAAGAAGUUUUUGUUUUUAAGAGACUUUUUAUGCUUGGGCUGUAAUGUUUACAGCUUAACUUUACUUGGAAGCUUUAAAGUGCAAUAGCUUAUGGCUCACAAUCUGUUUGAAUCAAAAUGUGAAUUUCUUUUGUGAUUUGUUUGAUCCUGCUAUGGUGUGUUUGGUCACUUGAUGCUAUCUCAUGAUUGUAUUUAACAAAUUCUUUACCAAAUAAUUGAACUGCUAUGUUCACUCAAAUUAACUGGUGUCGAGGAUCACCACACUCCUGGUUCACCAGUUCAUAAAUCAUUCCACCUUUAAUAAAACAUAUUUUUGGAAACAAAUGCUAGUAACAGAGAUUGAACGAUGGUCCUAAAGCAAGGGUGUAUUUUAAACUCAUAAUAAAUCCUUUGAAAUGGUGUUGUUGAUUUAAAAAUGA